AUGAUCAGGGAAAAUGCCCCACCUUUAAAAAAAUACAACCGGAGGCGGGCCGCACAGUCACUGCUACAUGUUACCUUAUUUAGACAUGGUGUUUCGUAUAAAUCUCAGAGUGACCAAUCUUGCGGCCUUUUCAAACACGCGCUGUCACCAUUUAGAAGUGCUUGGCUUGUAGCAUUGCCGUUCAGAAGUCGACAUGAAGUACACUGUGUUUCUAGUUGCUGUAUUUUUCAGCAGUGCUUUUGGGAUAGACACCGUUCCCUCUUUGAAUGUAACAAAAUACCUCGGUCGCUGGUAUCAGGUAAAGAAUGUGUGUAUGUACCGUUUUGGUGUUAAUGAUUACGUAAUAGGUAAAGCUUGUAGGAUCGAUAUCUUGAGGUAGAAGGCUCUAUUAUGCAACUUCUUACCGAUUUUUUUCUCUGUAAUCAUGUAUAUUUUGCAACUUUUGAGUAGAAUUUAUCAGGCCGUUUAACAUUUCCUUCAAACAUGUUAAAUCGCGCAGCACGAGACGAGCCUGAAUGAGGGCCAUAGAAGACAACUUGUUGAACAUGACCUUAUACGCUACAGCGCAACCAAUUACUUUUAAUAAAAUCCUUUCAUGUUCCAUACUUCAGACAGAACGCAUUGUUUAACGGUAACCCGAGGCACAGUACUUUAUGUGUAGCGAGUAGUAACAAGGCCUUUAUACAAAACAGGAAGGAGUUGUUUACAAUAAUUGUACUGCAUUUAUAGAUUCUAGACUCAUUAAAAACCUCAGAGCUCAUUUGCAAGCGCAGCUAGUUUUUUGCCUUCGAGCAGAGUUAUGUGAUGUUAUGGUAGUUGAAGGCUGCCGGGAUGUGAAGAUGUUCUUUUUAAAGGUAGACCCAAGUACAUGAAAGCACAUGAUAUACCGUGCUCUAUUACAUCACGCGAUUCUUGUAAUGAAUUUUUCAUGUUGGUUUGUGUAAAUAUUUCAUAAAUGCUGUUAUAUUGACAUCUUGUUUUUUUGUUUUUCCUGUCUCAUUUUCUGCGUGUAAAUAGAUGUAUGCCGACCCCUCAGUCAUUGCAACUUUUGAGCGUGACGCAGUAUGCGUGACAGCGGAUUGUAAGUGUACAUUUAUGCUUACAGACUGCAUAUAAAAGCAUACCACUGGAAACAGAAGUCUAAUUUUUUAUUGCUCUUACUGCUAAUACUUUAGAUACACUUGAGAAAGAUGGAAAAGUGGGCGUUCUUAACAGUGAAAGACUUCGUACACCGACCGGAGAGGGAAAGAACAUCACGGGUUACGCCUACAUACCCGACCCUAACCAACCAGGGAAGCUCAAAGUUCAUCUUGGAGGAGUACCUGUUGACGCUCCGUGUAAGUGUUUGUCAAUUCGAAGCUGUCAGGCAAAGCAAGUAACCUGUCACUUUUACACCACAGGUUUGACGUGGGAGAGAACGAUCCUAACAAUCAUGCUGUGCGAUCGCACAAAAUUUCCUUGUCCCUGCUUUUCUUUAGUUUUUUCUUUACUGUACUUUGUUGAUGACGGCCACUCCCCCUCACUUCCUGCUGAGAACCAUGUCACCCCCCCGAAAGCCAUGUCCUUCCCCAAAAAAUUUUUCGUCAUUCCCCCAUCUCUUGGCAAUAAAUAUAAUGAAUGUUUUCUUAACAGAUUGGGUGGUAAAACUAGGACCUCCUACUUUUGGUGAAGGUCUUUACCAGUACUCCGUGGUCACAGAUAACUUACAGAUUACCCUGUUUGUGCUGGCAAGAGACGUAGACACAUUCAAAAGCCAGUAUGACGAGGAAGUCCGCAAUUGGCUGACAGAAAAUGGCUUUACUCGCUUCUACAACAAGCCUGUAGCCACCUUACAGAACAAAGAAUGUAUUUACGUUGCCGAGAGGCCCUCUUCUCAUCAGACAGUAGAAGAAUUUCUUCGUUAUGAUUAGACGAGCGUCGUGACUUUUGUGGAUAAGAUGACGAACACCUAUUAAAAGUCCAGGUUAUGAUUUGAUUUGCAAUUGAAUUAUAAUAGUCUUGCCUCUACAAACACGAGUGUAAUCAAACUCUCGGUUCACGCUAGCCUGCGAGAAGGCGCUCAUUUUAAGCGCUUGGGCACAAGCGUUUCUUCGCUACCAGAAAGUAAUUCUUUCUCGUGGGCAAAGAGAGUAUGUUUCAGACCUUGAGCCACGCGAGCCAAGUUGUAAAAGCUCUCCAUGUGAGAAAGGCGUGUCUUAUAGCUCUAUCAACGAAGGCUC